AUGACACAUCAAUCUUCAGCUCAAAGAAUUGUUUACCCACCAAACUCAUUUUACCCAGAAACACUUCCACAGCCAACUACCUCUUCCCCAUCUCGUCCACCCCAACCACAAACACAAUCAGCUCAAGUUCUUCCUGGAACAUUUCCAGCACCGGCUCGUGGCACAUAUCAUCAACAACAACUACCUCCAGGCCAACACACUAGAGCUCGCCCAGACAUCGCAAAUGGUUUACUAAAAAAAGAAAUGUACGAGUAUAAGGCUCCAUGGCCUGUGUACGGUUUAGAUUGGUCUAAGCGACCCGGUGAAAAAGCUUUUAGAUUGGCCCUGGGAAGUUUCAUUGAAGAUUCUUCUAAUAAGCUGCAAAUUAUUACGCUGUCCGAGCUGGCUUAUGAUGACCCUUACCUUCGACCUUCUAAUACUGACUUUGUAAAAAUCGCCGAAACUGACCAUCAUUACCCAAUUACUAAAGUAUUAUGGGAGCCAUUCAGGGGGGGAUUAAAUACUCCCGACUUAUUAGCUACAGCUGGUGAUCAUUUGCGAUUGUGGGAAAUUACAGAUGAAAUAAUUAAUCCAAGUAACACUAUUGGUGCUAAUAAUCACACAGGAUUCAGACAAAAAAAAUUAAUUCACAAGAUUAUGUUGUCCAAUACAAAAGCUGAUUUCAAUGCUCCACUCACAUCCUUUGAUUGGAAUGAACUUGAUCCAACGUUGGCGGUUACAUCAAGCAUUGAUACGACCUGUACCGUUUGGAAUGUUGAGACUAAACAAGCAAAGACGCAACUUAUUGCUCAUGAUAAAGAAGUUUAUGAUGUAGCAUUUGCGACUGGCUCUACCGAUAUCUUUGCCAGUGUUGGUGCAGAUGGAAGUGUUAGGAUGUUCGAUUUGAGAUCGCUGGAACAUUCCACUAUUAUAUAUGAAACGCCUAUACCAAAUCCUUCACAAGUUAACAUGUCUGUUUCCAACCCAACUCAACCCUCUCCAUUACUCAGGUUAUGUUUUAAUAAAAUCGAGUCACAAUAUUUGGCCACCUUUCACAUGGACUCUGCGGACGUUCAAAUAUUAGACGUGAGAGUUCCCGGUGUUCCUGUUGCAGAAUUAAGGGGUCAUUCGUCGACUGUUAAUUGUGUCAAUUGGGCACCACAUCAUAGUGGACAUCUCUGCAGUGGCGGAGAUGAUUCCCAAGUGCUGGUUUGGGAUAUAAAUAUCAUGUCGCAUAAUGGUGGUGUCAACAGAUACAAUCAAGAUCCAAUCUUAGCUUAUAAAGCUGCUAAUGAAAUUAGUCAAUUAAGUUGGAGUUGCAAGUGCCCUGAAUGGGUAGCGAUUGGAUUUGGAAAUACAGUACAGGCCUUGAGAGUGUAA